CAACGCCAUCAUCACCCGCGGAAGUUUGUACACAGAAAAUAGUUGUACUGUCAAAUAUUUUUCAGAGACCCUUCCAUUUUUUUUCUCCUCAACUUCUGUCUUUCCGCAUGAAACAUCACCAACAAAGACUAACGAGAAAAGCAUUUUUAAACGGUUAAAUGUGCGUCGAUGACAACAAAAGGACUUACAUAAACCACGAGCACAUAGCUGAUAGUAUUGUAUCGCGGUAUUGUUUAGAUUUCAUAUUUUAUAGGUCGUCAGCUUGUCAGUUUUCGAAAAAGCAGCGAAUUGCCUAGUUGAGCUGCAGUUUAGCAGCUGUCCCUUCUUUUAUCCGGAAUUUACGUCGGAAGGGUUUAACAUUGACAUUCGUGUCUUUUGUUGUCAUUAGCAUGCUAAGCUAGCAGCUGGAAUUCAUUAAUCUGGAUACAGAUCAGCAUCGUCCUCCACGAUCAAGUCACCAUUACAGUGUCAUUGGCUGUCAUCCGCACACGGCGAGGGACUAGUCACUGGGACAACUGUUUGAUCAUGUUGGGAGAAUGUGGCAUGAAAGAAUGGGAGAGACUUGCCCUCAGGAGGAACUCUGUUACUCUCUGUAAGGAGAUGGUGGUGGAUGAUCUGCUGGUCCAGUGUCUGCAUCAAGAUGAAAUCCUCACAGACAGCAUGGCUGAGAGCAUUAUGGCUAAGCCGACGUCCCAGGGCAAGAGUCGGCAUUUGUUGACUCUUUUGCCCAAACGUGGCCCCCGGGCAUUCAGCAGCUUCUGUGCGGCUCUUACAGCGACAGAGCAACUGCACCUCUACAGAAUGCUCGUGGAGUUCACGGAGAAAGACAAAAGGUUUUCAGUGACCUCACUUUCUGUCCCAACUCAGGAAUGUGUGAUACCUGCAAAAAGAACCCGAACUCGUGAGUCUAUGGAGAUGUGUUUGGAUGCAGACUCCCCAGUGACCACAGCUGUACUUCCCUGCACUCAUGAAUUCUAUGAGUCCCACAGAUUACAGGCUUACGCGAUGCGCUCUAGUCCGCGAGGACUGGCAUUGGUGCUGAGUAACGUGAGGUUUGACUCUGCAAACACUGAUCUGGACAUCCGGAGGGGAGGGGAGGUGGACGAGGAGGUUCUGAGGAGACUCUUCACUGAGUUGGACUUUACAGUCAGUCUGCAUAAAGACCUCACAGCAGAGGCAAUGCGCAGGUGCUUGGAACAGUUCGCCCAGCGGCAGGAGCACGCAGAGUACGACUGUUGUGCUGUGUGUUUUCUGACUCAUGGUGUUGAAGGCUCUAUCUAUGGUACUGAUGGACAACUGCUGGAGUUGGACUGGGUGUUUGAGGUUUUUGAUAAUGCCCGCUGCCCUCUGCUCCAGAACAAGCCAAAGAUGUUCUUCAUUCAGGCCUGUCGAGGAGAGGAGAUGGACAACGGCGUGGACCAGUUGGAUGGACAGGAGCAUACGCGGUCCCCAGGCUGUGAUCAGAGGGAUGCUGGGCGAGAGGAGGAGAGACUGAACAAAGAGAAGGAGGAGAAAGACAGAGAGAGAGUGAGAGUCAAACUGCCCCAGAGAUCAGAUAUGAUUUGCAGCUUUGCCUCCCUCAAAGGUUUCAGCACUGCUGCAAUGAGAAACACCAAGAAAGGGUCUUGGUUUGUUCAGGAACUAAACACAGCCAUCAGACAGAGUGCAAACGACACACACAUGUCUGACAUACUUGUGCAAGUGAACGAUCGAAUUAAAAACCGAGAGGGUUACGCUCCUGGUUCAGCACAUCAUCGCUGUAAAGAGAUGUCAGAGUUCACCAGCUCCCUCUGUAAAGACCUCUACCUCUUCCCUAAGUACUACCCCAACAGUUAGUCCACAGGCACAAAGCACACAAAACACUGCCCUCAGAACUGAUGCAGUAGCAGGACUUCAGCGGACACACUUGUACAUCCAUCACGCACUAUAAGCUCAGAACACAGACACAUAGUGAUGUAAAUGUAAUUAGACCCAUUCCACGUUUCAUCUGUCUCACAAUCCACAGCACAAUGGCGGAUUAAUUAGGACACUUGUGUACAUUAUUUACUGUGGGUUUGCAAAGGUAGAGAAUUUACAGAUUAAAAAAAAAUUAUUAUAACUAUCUGUCUUAGAGUGGAUAUGGUGCAUUAAGCAUCUGAUCCAGAUAUUUUUUCCCCCUUUUCCUUUAGUAAGGAAAGAGUGAAGAUGUAAUUUGGGAGGAUGUGUGAAAAGUGGUAUCAGUUUGUUUCAGGCUUAAUAGGAAGAAAAAUUAAACCUACAUUCAGCUUGAUGCUUUGUAAGCCAAUAUAUAUUUUAAAUUUACAGAUUUAUAUUGACUUUUUUUUUUUGCAUAUAUUUAUUUUUGUCUAUUUGUUUUAAGUUUUAUUUGUACAGUUUUGUCUCGGUUGUUCUUGUUCUUCUGUUUCAGAAAUUGUGGACCCUUUACACCCUAAAGCCAAACUAUAAACCUUUCUAAGACACAUUCAUACUAACAUUGUGCCAGUACCAUAGUAAAGUAAAUGGCUCGUUGGCACUUAUAUAACAGAUGCCCUUUUUUCUGGGGAACAUCUGCCCUUACUUUAUUUUUGGUGUCCUUAAUGCACCUUUACAUGCAUUAUAUCAACCUAAGUACAUUUUAAAUGCACGCUUUCUUCAUAAUAUCAGUUAAUAAAUUCAAUUUAAUCAUCCUGUAUGCACCAUAGCAGCUGUUUUGACUAUACAAUUAAAUUUGCUUCAUGUUUCAAAGUGAAACUAUCUGCUCAACCUUGCUGCUUUGGUUAGCUCACAAUAGAUUCUAAAAGCUAUUUAUCAAACCAUGAAUGCAUGAAUGUGUUGUACAUCAACAUAUCCUAUUGCAUCAAAUAUUUGUGUAAUUCCAAAACAUCCAAGAACCAUUUGCAUUCUAGGUAUUUACCCCAAUUUUCCAUGAGGAUUGUGGGGGUAUUCGCAAAGUGAAAUGUAUAUAUUCUCAUAACACUCUUUUGUAGUAAUGCUUUUUUUAUAUGCAACAGUUUUUUGUUUGAUUGUUUGGCAGAUUCCUCUCACUCUUGCACAUGUCUUUUCUCUUUAAACAUUCACUGCCAAUGAAUGCACAUUUAAUCUAGACUGAAAAUAUGUGGUCUUAUGAGUUCUUAAAACACCUGGAGGUGGCGGUGGAGAGUUAAAGCACUUAACCAGCACACGUUUUGCAAUAUAGAGGUUGCAACAUUUAGACUCGCAUAGUCUUCCUGUUCUGCACACACAACAUUAUUCCUCCUGGGAAUGUAGACUGUAAAUUUUUGUGUGCUGUUUUUUUCCUCUGUGUCUUCAUUAUACUGGAAGCAUUUUUGUUAGGUUAAAGGUCACAGCCUUUGACCUUUUGACACUGUCAUGGCACCCCUGAACACUUUUACAUUUUUCACUUGUCGCAUUUAGCUUGAGUAAUCGCUCAAGACUAAAUAUUGUUUUCUUUUUUUUAUAUUAUUAUUUUUAAUUUUUACUAUUUUAGCAACCAAAAUGUUUGAUUACAAUGUUGAUGCUAAUGUUGCUUUCUUGCUAAUGUUGUUUGGGUAUUAAUUUGAUAUUUUAAUUGAUGAGCUUCUUUGGCAUGGGAGAAAAAUAUGGGCAUGAGUUGUUCUUAAAUGUUAGCUGGUACAAGGUCUUGUAUAUCAGAAUAAGGGGCUGUUUUAGAAAACUUCCAAAAAUGUGCUUACCUAAUGCAAACUCUGUGCCAAAAUAAUCUAGAAAUAGUAUUUAAACAAAUUACUAUUUAUUUGAUCUGAUGAUCUAUAAGGUGUUGUCAUUAAUAUUAUUAUUGUUCAAAUAAACAAAAGUGGGAAUAGAAAAUAUGUACACUGGAAAAAUGUAUGAAUUUCAUCCCCACAGUGCUAAUAUACUGUGCUUUGAAUGAACGACUCAGAGUAGUAUUAGUUAACUCCCACAGCUGAAUAAUAAACUGUAUAAUAAAUGUAUUCACCUAGUUUUGAUGUGUUCAGAAUGGUAAUGGUGAAAAGCUAUGUGAUACUGAGCCCUAAAUGUUCUUUUGGUUAAAUGGAACAUUUAAAUGUUAGUUUUUAAAAUGUCCUUCUUAAAGUGUUAAAACCCACAAUGGAAGUACAUGUUCAGCUGUGUUAUAUAGUGCAGUUUAGUCUCACCCAGCCUGAAUACCAGAUGAGUGCCUAGCUAACUAAAUUUGAAAAGCAUAAAGAAUGUAUUUACUGCCUUUGUCUUCUAACCAGCUAUGAAGCUUGCUUAAAUCAACUAUAGGGGAAACUGACAUUUUCUAUAUUUGUAAUGCAAAAACUGC